AUGCCUAAAAACUGGCUUGAAGAAGAGAAAGCUGGUAAAGACUGGUUUCGUUUGUUCAGACAACGUCAGAGUUUAUCAGUUCGUCAACUAGAAGCUACUUCAUUGGCACGAGCAACAGCUUUCAAUUCUCAUGUUGUAAAUAAAUUUUAUGAUACUCUGGCUAAGGUUAUGGACAAAUACAAAUUCCAACCUCAGGAUAUCUACAAUUUGGAUGAAACAGGGUGUCACACAGUCCAAUCCCCUGGAAGGGUUGUCACCAAAAGAGGACGAAAACAGCUUGGGUCAAUCACCUCAGCAGAGCGUGGGGAGCUAGUUACCCUGGUAUAUGUAGUCAGUGCAACUGGGAAUGUCAUACCUCCUAUGUUUAUCUUUCCACGUCUGCAUGUCCGAGAUCACAUGCUGAAUAUGGCACCACAUGGCUCUGUAGCAGCUGCAAGUAAAUCUGGUUGGAUAACAGAACAGAUCUUCCCAAAGUUUUUGUUACAUCUUGUGAAAAACACAUGCUGCACAAAAGAAAAACCAGUUCUCGUACUUAUGGAUAACCAUGAAACUCACAUCAGUCUUGAAGCUGAUUGA